CUGCUGCUACUGCUACUGCAGCCUGAGCCUGCUCUAGUGCUCUGAAGCGCUGCAGGGAGGUAGAGCACAUUGCUAAAUUAUUUUCGAAAGCGGCUCCUUUAAAUCCGGGGGAUUACGGUGUCAUAGAGAUGAGGAUUCUGCGUACUUCCUGCUCUGUCAGUUAAAUGGCGACACGGAAGUCUACGUGAGUGUGGGUGUGCGUGUAUGUCAGAGUGUGGGUAUAAGAGAGAUAGAGAGGGGGGAGGGUAACGAACUGAAUGCACACCCUUGCCUGCUGAUGUAACGCAGCCAGAUAUUGCUCUGAUCACAAUGGAGUGAGAAGUUACCCAAAAGAGAAGGAGAUACAAUAGGCAGUCCCACUCCAUCACAAGGUAAGAUCGUAAUCUGUCUGAGUCUAAGGGGAAUUAGAAAAUAAUUUCACAAGCCUCUGUAAAUUCAUCUGCUCCACACUAAAGCUGAGCCAGUUUGUUAAUUAGGCAACAUGUGAUGGGGAAAUAGUCUAACCAGUAGUACUAUUGGUUUGACUAUUUCCCCAUCACUCACAUCCCAUGUUGCCUAAUUAACAAACUGGCUCAGCUACAGCGUGGAGCAGAUGGAUUUACAGAGGCUUGUGGAAUUACUAUGUAUUCCGUGUAGAAUGGAUUCACGCUGAAGAAUAACCGGGAAGAGAGGAACUAUGGAGAGUUACUGUGAGCAUACAGUAGUUCUGUAAAAUAUAAGUGUGUGUGUAUCAGUAUAUAUGUAAAUAAAAACAGUGUUUCUCUCCAUUCAUACAUUUACAUUUGACAUUUUUGCCAUUUAGCAGACGCUCUUAUCCAGAGCGACUUACAUUAUCUUUUUGUUUUUUAAACUGGCCCCCCGUGAGGAAUCGAACACACAACCCUGGCGUUGCAAACGCCAUGCUCUACCAACUGAGCUACACUAGUGAGUGAAGUGACUCAUCAACUAUUAAGUUACAGACGUUGAAUUACAGGUAGCUAUGAAUCAGCAGAAGUCACUGCAACACCCUUUUACCACAUACCAUGUUGUACUUCCACAGAAAAGGAUGAAGUGUAUGUUCAGCCUGUGUGUAUGGGGCUGUUCUGAGACUAGUGUGUUUGUGUGUGAAAGGUCAGGUACUCUGUGCCAGACUCAACAUUCGGGGGGUGGGAAGGCUGCUGAGUCUGAGUCUUAUGGUCUUAUACUGUAUAGCAGACAGGAUGGCUUUUGUAACCAAUGACAACGUGUGUGAGAGGGAAAUCCCACCAACACUUACGUAGGCUAACCUUGAGGAGAACGUAGGCUAACCUUGAGGAGAACCAAGGGAACUAUGGAAAUGUGUUCAUAUAAUGUUGUCUUUGUGCUGAUGUUACAGAGCUGAUAAUGGUUCUUUUAGCAGCACAUUGAUUUAGUUCUGUGUUCUGGUACAAGGAAUAGUUUGUUGGUAAUUAUGCCUUUCAACACCCCAACAAAUAUCAGUACAUGAUCAGUAUUAUGGCAAUGUAUGUUGUUGCAUUUUAAUAAUGGAAUUGUGCAUUGUUUGUGUGUUUCAGGUCCUUUAAGCAAGUUGUUUACUGGCUGUGCCCCUGCCCUUCACCAUGACUCUCCUAACCCACGUGCUGGCAUGCCUCUUUGGCAUGGGCUCCUGGGUGGCAAUCAACGGGGUGUGGGUGGAGCUGCCCCUCAUCGUGCCCGAAAUCCCUGAGGGUUGGUACCUGCCCUCUUACCUCACUGUGCUCAUCCAGAUGGCCAACGUGGGGCCCCUUUUCAUCACCCUCAUGCACCGCUUCCGCCCGGGCAAGCUGGACGAGCGGCCCGUCAUCUACUCCAUAGUGGGCCUGGGCGUGGUCGCCACCUUCCUCCUGGCCUUCCUCUGGAAGCACACGGUGCCCCUAGCGGGCGCUACGCAUAGUGUACCCCUCCUAGUGCUCUGUUUCCUACUCUCCGUGGUGGACUGCACCUCCUCGGUCACCUUCCUACCCUUCAUGAUGCGCCUCGGGCCCCAGUACCUCACUACGUACUUUGUAGGGGAGGGCCUUAGUGGCUUGGUGCCUGCCGUAGUGGCUCUGGUGCAGGGGGUGGGGGUGGUUCACUGUCAGAAUGCUACAGUGGCCAAUGGAACCUUAGGGAUUAACUCCUCUGUAGGGGCCAGUGGUGAGCUCCAUGCUCAAUACCAGUCCGCUAACUUCUCGGCCCAGGUCUUCUUCCUCUUCCUCAGUGCCAUGAUGGUGGUGUGUCUGGCCGCCUUCCUCCUGCUCAACCACCACCCGGCCGUGGCCAGGGAGAGGAAGCGCGAGCACUACUUCAACAGAGGCCUGGCGGAGGAGAAGAGCGACCAAGCCCUGUCCCUGUCUCACAGACCACCAGAGGAGAAGCCCAUGAUCAGUUCUCCAGAUGGCCCCCAGAGAGCCCGGCGGAGCUCCUUCGGGAUGGGCUUCUACAGUAGGCUGGAGGUGGCGUUCAUCUUUGUGGUUCUGGCCUGGGUCAAUGCCCUGACCAAUGCAGUGCUACCCUCGGUGCAGUCUUACUCCUGUCUGCCCUAUGGGAACCAGGCCUACCAUCUGGCUGCCACCAUGGCAGCCGUGGCCAACCCUGUGGCCUGCUUCAUCGCCAUGUUCCUGCCCUUAAGGUAAGCCCAACUCUGGAUUAGCAUAACUGACUGAUUAAUAAUUUACUGACCAUAGACUCUCAGAUCUAUGCAGUCACCAGUGAAGGCUGUUGAAGGUAGAAAUGGGGAGGAGUCAUUGUAAUGGCGGAAAUAGAAUGACUGGCAGUCACUGAAUCAAGUUGACUUCUAUAAGAAAAUAUAGAAUAAACAGCUUUUAAUAACAUUGUACUCUCAUCCUAAAACAUACAGUACUUCAACAGAUCAUUUCUAUAAUCCAAACACCUUGAAUUUUCCAACCCACUUCCUCAACUCACCUUGUAUCUCAUCUUUGUCCUUUUUCAGGUCGUUGGUGCUGAUUGGGCUUCUGACAAUAGUUGGGACAGGGUUUGGUACUUACAUCAUGGCCAUGGCUGCACUGAGCCCCUGUCCUCUACUAGUCCACAGCGCCUCAGGAACCGCACUCAUAGUAAGGCUCUUUCUGUUAUUAUGUCAUGGAAUACAGAAAAUACAUGUGUUCCGUUGCGAGAUUGCUGAUAACAUCUGAACACAUUACUGUCAAUUUGAUUUCAUUGGGCCAUUAAAAACGACAUGUUUCUGAGUGAAAAUGGGAGGUUUGAGGUCAAACAAAGGCUUCCUAAACAAUCAAACUCAUGUCAAUGCUAUUCAGUAUGCAGUUGAAAUCCUCUAAUGUACUGUGAAUAUUGACACAAUGCUAGUAUUUUGUUUGUAAUGUCUAUCUACUCUCUGUUGUAGGUCAUAGCCUGGAUCUUGUUUGUCCUGACCCUCUCCUAUGUGAAGGUGAUCAUUGGGGUGAUCCUUCGGGAUGAGGGCCACAGUGCCCUCGUGUGGUGUGGAGCGGUAGUGCAGCUUGGCUCCAUGCUGGGUGCACUGUCCAUGUUUCCCUUGGUCAGUGUCUAUGGACUGUUCAAAUCAGGGGACCCUUGUAACACCAAGUGCCCAAAGUAGGGAUCAAGAUGUGGCUUACUGUUGAAACUCACCGUAGAAAACAAAAAUGUUGACACUGGAAAUAUAUCUUUCAUCAUUUGAGUUUCUCUUUAAACUGAUUUUAAGGUAUCUAGUCUGUUGCCCUAUGGUUGAUUAGGAACUAAAUGGCACCAAACCGCUUGUUUGUUUUCCGUUGAAUAAAGUUUCAAAACGUUUUACUACAGAUGUAGGAUCUUAAUUUG